AUGACCGAGAGCAAGAAAGCAAAGGAAGUCCGACCAGAUCCCGCGCUCAAAUGGGGAGUGACGCCGGGCAAAUAUCCACCAGCAUAUACCAAGCCUGAAGAGGAAUAUUCACCAGAAGAACAAGCGAGCCGGCAGAAGAUGAGAGAAAAAGGUGUCAAUCCUGACUCGAAGGCUCAGAUGGACGCAGCAACGAAAGGUACUUUUUGGAAGAAGUGGACGGGUAUGAAUGGAUUUUUUGGCAUGGGAUAA